ACAUUAGUAUUAGUUGUGUGCGCGCGCUAGUAGAAUAGUCUAGAAGUAAGGGACGCAUGCGUACUGCAGUCGUUGAGUUAUUACAGAGUCUGUUGAGUUUGUUGAAGCUCGUGAGUAAACUUACGACGACACUACAUGGUGACAGGAGUCUGAACGAUGACUAGCAUUCGGUUACAGCCUCCGACGCCGUUCUCGUUUGAAAACCCAGACGACUGGCCAAAAUGGCGGCGGCGAUUCGAGCAAUUCCGUCUCGCGUCCGGGCUAUCUGAGGGGGAGAACGAGCGGCAAGUAAGUACACUACUCUAUUGCAUGGGGGAAGAUGCAGAGGACGUCCUCGCAUCCACCAGCAUUUCUGACGAGGAGAGAAAGUCGUACGAGACUGUCCUGAGAAAGCUCGACGAUUUCUUCAAAGUAAGGAAAAACGUAAUAUUCGAGCGUGCCCAAUUCAACCGCAGGUGUCAGAAAGAAGACGAAUCCGUCGAGCAGUUCAUCACGAGUCUCUAUAAUUUGGUUGAGAAUUGUGCCUAUGGGGACCUGAAAGACGAAAUGAUCAGAGAUCGCAUUGUUGUAGGAAUUCGUGACACCUCCCUGGCUGAGCGUUUGCAGAUGGACGCCGAGCUGACAUUGGACAAAGCCAAGAAAACAGUUCGACAGCGGGAAGCCAUUCGGAAGCAACAUGGGAUCUUGCAAGAGUCGCCAAUCGAGUCAGUGAAUUACACGGGACACCCCUUCCACAGGAGAGUACAGAAACCACCUGGUAAGAAACCAUUCACAUCCAGCAAGGCAGGAGCUACAAAUUCAGGGAGCCUCACCAGCUGUACACGGUGUGGACGGUCACCAUCACAUGCACGACAGGAAUGCCCAGCCAAGGAUGCGACGUGUCACAGGUGUAAGAAAAGAGGCCAUUACAACCAGCAUUGUUUCUCAAAGGCAGUUGCAGACGUCAUGGAGGAAAGAGAGGCUGAAGAAUGUUGUGAUGUGUCGUAUUUGUACACAGUUAACCUGGAACAAGGAAACUCUUGGAACAGCACUAUUUCAGUGGAGGGUCAACAAACUUCGUUCAAGUUGGAUACAGGAGCAGAGGUUACCGUUAUCUCAGAACAUACCUUGCAGGCUCUGAACCCACAGCAAAUCCAGAAAGCUACGCGAAAAUUAUGUGGGCCAGAUCGGAAGCCGUUGGAGGGCUACAGCGCAAUCUCCUUGGUCUUCCGGCAAUCACAUCAUUGA